AUGCCUGGCUCAAAGGAACUUGUCGACAUAGUGGUACAGGGUCCGAAGCUAAACGGACCACAUGCUGGCAGCACAGAGCCUGUCACAGUGGAGAUUACGUCUAGCAGGCCCGUUGCGACAGACGCAGUCGUGACAGGAGGUUUGGAUGACGUCUUCGGCGUGGACGACGUCUUCGGUGUGGACGACGUCUUCGGUGUGGACGACGUCUUCGGUGUGGACGACGUUUUCGGUGUGGACGACGGACUAGCCGUGCUGGAUGAUGUACGCGACGUGCUAGUAGGUGAGAAACUUGACGAGGAGAAUGCAGACGUCGAGUUCGCAAUCUGGGACGAAAGAGAUGGGUCGUUCCACCAUGGACUCAGCGUGCAAGCAGGGGCGGCCGACGUGAAGUUCAGAGAAGUUGUCGUGGAUGCAGUGUUUGUGCCGGAGCAAGUUGCAACAGUCUCGCACGAAGUAAUGGUGGUCAAAUCGGUAAAGACAGUGCCGCUCGACGUCACAUUGGACACCGUCUCACUGCACGUGAUGUACGCUGACUCUGAGCAGGAGCUGGACGAGCUGGACGAGCUGGAUGAACCGGACGAGCUGGAUGAACCGGACGAGCCGGAAGAACUGGAGGAGGUGGAAGUACCGGAAGUACUGAAUGAUUGUGAUGGAUCCGGUGAACCUGAUUGUUCACCUCCGGGUCCCGGCCCUGGGUUGCCAGUCGUGCAUGGUGCUGCCGUGCAAUGUGUGACAGGGAGCGUCAACGAAGCCGAGAUUAACGGCGGAAUCGGUGGGAAAUGUGGAGGCGAUGGCGGGAAAGGGAACCCGAACUUGCCCAAACAUGCCACUGCCAUCGGAUUUCCGCAGCUAUCCUUGCACAAUGGGCCGAGGCAUUUCCAGUCCAAUGACGGGAAGACGAUCCAGCCACCUGCGAUGGUCUUUGUGCUGUAG